GCGCGGCCAGCGGCCCGGAGCCGGGCCGGCGUGCCCGUGGGCGUGCUCCCCGGCGGGGAGCGCCGCCCGCCGCCCACAUCCCCGCCGCCGCCGCCGCUAACUUUGCUUCUCCGCAAAGAGCCGCCCUCCGGCAAACAGAGGGUCGGCGGAGCCGCGGUCCGAGCCGGCCCCAGAGAUGAAGGGCCGGCGACGGUGGCGAGGCGAACAUCGCCGCUUCGCCGCGGUGCUGGUGCUGUACACGCUGCUGCUGCUCCUGUUGGUGCCCUACGCUCUGGACUACGGGGCCAGGCGCGGGCGAGCGGACGAAGAGCCGCUGCUGCGGCGCUGCCCAAGCCUGGAGGAGGCGCUGAGUGAGUGGGGCUGGGAGCAGCGGCCGCCGCUGGACGAGGAAGAGGAGGAGGAUGAGGCGGGCACGGCCGGGGCGGCGGGUAACGGCAGCGCGGGGACGGCGGGGAAGCGGCACAUCUACCUGCACGCUACCUGGCGAACGGGCUCCUCUUUCCUCGGGGAGCUCUUCAACCAGCACCCCGACGUCUUCUACCUGUACGAGCCCAUGUGGCACCUUUGGCAGGCGCUGUACCCGGGGGACGCGCUGAGCCUGCAGGGAGCCCUCCGCGACAUGCUGCGCGCCCUCUUCCGAUGCGACUUCUCCGUCCUGCGCCUCUACACCGCCCCGUCCGGCCCCCGCGACCCGCUGGCCCCCGCCCCGCCCGCCGCCGACAACCUCACUACGGCCAGCAUCUUCGGCUGGCGGACCAACAAGGUGAUCUGCUCGCCGCCGCUCUGCCCCGCCGCCCCGCGGCCCCGCGGGGAGAUCGGCCUCGUCGAUGGAGCCACCUGCGAGGAGACGUGUCCGCCGCGGGCGCUGCGGGAGUUGGAGGCCGAGUGCCGCAAGUACCCCGUGGUGGUCAUCAAGGACGUGCGGCUGCUGGAGCUGGGCGCGCUGCUGCCGCUGAUGCGGGAGCCCGGCCUCAACCUGCGGGUGGUGCAGCUCUUCCGCGACCCCCGCGCCGUCCACAACUCCCGCCUGAAGGCGCGGCAGGCGCUGCUGCGGGAGAGCGUCCAGGUGCUGCGCAGCCGCCACCGCGCCGAGCCGCGGGGCCCGGCCCGCCACCAGCAGCAGCAUCUCCUGCUGCCGCCCGGGCUGCUGGGCGGAGGGCGGCCGCCGCAGCCGCAGCACCGAGCCGAGUUCUUCCUCGGCGGCGCGCUGGAGGUGAUCUGCCAGUCUUGGCUCCGCGAUCUCCUGCUGGCCCGGCGCGCCCCGGACUGGCUCCGCCGCCGCUACACGCAGCUCCGCUACGAGGACCUGGUGCGGGAGCCCCGCGCCGAGCUGCGCCGCCUGCUGCGCUUCGCCGGGCUGACAGUGCCGCCGGCCCUGGAGGACUUCGUGGUCAACAUGACCCGCGGCGCCGCCUACUCCUCCGACCGGCCCUUCCUCAUCUCCGCCCGCGACGCGCGGGAGGCCGUGCACGCGUGGCGGGAGCGCCUCAGCCGCCAGCAGGUGCGGCAGGUGGAGGCGGCGUGCGGAGAGGCCAUGAGCAUCCUCGCCUACCCCCUCAGCGCCGGCGACGCCCGGUAGCGCCCGAGCCGCACGUCCCGGACGGGCCCGAGGGCGGACGGACGGACGGACGGACGGACGGACGGGCGCCGUCGGGCAGAGCUGAGCGCGGGGGUCACCGCUGGCAUGGUAGGCGCCCGCUCGGCGGGUGGGGAGCUCCUUGAGGGCAGCCCCGGCUGAGGGACACCUGCCUCGCCUCGGGUACAGGCAGCGCUGCAAGGUGCAGGCCCCCCGUGCCGCUGUGGCUUCACUGUGGCUCUUUUCCUUCUGGAGAGGGCGGGGGGAUGUUAUAUUUACGAGAAGGGUUUGGUAAAGGGUGUCCUCCGAGUACGGCAUCACUCUUGGAGCCUUUUAGCUUGAAAUUGUGAUUGUGUGCAAAGAAAAGGUAUGCUACAAACAAACUGCAUGAAAAUUUAAAAAUCCCCCAGGUGAAGACUCUCAGCAAGGAACUAGAGGGCCUGGAAGGUGCUCCUGUGGGAGCAUUGCCCUUCUGGAUCACACUGACCUCUGUCCUACUGCUACUGAAACAAGAGGCUUCUGUGAAGUCGCUGCAGGGGUCAGCAGGGGCCUGGACAGCCAGGAGGAGGGUGCCUGCUGCAGGAUAGGGCUCAGCUCUCCUGCCCCAAACCUGCUCUGCAGGGGUGGGCUCUGCCCCUGCUCAUUGCUGGUGCUGUAGGGAGGGGGCUGAGGGAAGGGGAGCCGUGGCCAGCUCUGUCCCUCGUUCUGAGCAGCAGGGUAAGCAGUGCAGGGAGGGUAAGCAUUCGCCUGCUUAUGUGUUUUGAAGAUGUCUGUGGCAGGAAUUUUUGCUUUUCUAAAGAAAUCUGUAAUUCUUUUGAAAGUAGGAUUUUUUAAAAUAUACAUGCAUUGAUAUAGUUUGGUGAUACUCAUGUGAGAUACAGGUGACUGACAUGUUUCCUUGGAACACGUGUAGGGGUGAAUGAAACUGGAAGGCAAAUGCUUGACAUUUUUGUUUUGUUUUCUCUCUCAGAUGAGAGAAUCACUUUUCUUCCCUUGCUUCCGGGCUGACACAUUGUGCUGUGCACAGGGUCCUCCUGAUCACAUCCCUUCCAAACAAUAACAUCCUCUCAGCUGGCAACUCCUGGACAAAAGCAAAUGUUUCCUAAGAGGCUAAGACAAAUUAAUCAUUAAGUUCCCGAAUAAAAUCUUACAUUAAAAAGCAAACAAACAAAUUAAACAAACAAACAAAACCCUGAAGUUUUAUUUUGGAUUUUAAAAUUACAUGUUCCUGCAGAUAUCCUACAAUUUGUGUGAGAAGAGGGUGUGUAUCUGCAAGUAACUUUGUUUAUUAAUUUCUUGAUGUGGGGAUAGAAGGUUCAGUUGUGAUUUAGGGAUGCAGUUUCAUCAUUUCAUAGAGGCUGCUUUUGAAUCUGUUACGGUCUGGUAGUCUUUAAAUGGCUCCACGAGAGUGUACAGGAUUACAGGGAUGUUUACAUGCAGUCCUCAACUACAAACCUAGAAUAUGAGUUUCAAAUUGAGGAUAAUCCAGGAUCAGGAAGAAAGCAGUAUUUGGAUAAAGUACUGAAAAUGAAGGCAGUUCAAAGAUGUUAUGUUAUCAUGGAGGAGGUGUUUGAAUUGCACUGUACAUUUUUGUGCUCUGAGUGUUAUUCUGUACAGCAUGGCACUAAGUUAGGAUGAACCUUCAUUUAUUUUGGCUUUUUUUCCCUUUGAUCUUCCCAUCUGAGAGUAUGUUGGCACAAGAAGCAGGUUUCUUUUAUUAUCUGACAGGAAAAUGUAGUCAUAAUAAUAUUUUGGAACAAAUUUAUCCAUUUCUCUGUAGCAUACUUCAUUCAGUUUUGCAACCUUGGGCUUCUGCUUGAAGUAAGAAUUACGGGGUCUCAUUUUGUGCUGGAAAAACUUGUGUAUUAUCUAAGGGAUGUUUCUGCAUUCUCUCACUAUGCCUGUGACACCAAAGUUUGUCUCUGGAUGUUCCAGUGGCAUUUAAUAAUGGUAUUUGUAUAGCUAGUACCUGUACAAUGCCUUGAUAUAACCUUUGUCAGGUAACCUAUUUUGGAAGGCUUUUCUGGGACUAUAUCCAAGCUUGGCUUGUACUGACAGGUUUGGAAAGAAAUUAAGAUUUUUGUGCAUACCAAAAGAUGAUACGGUACUUAUUUUCUUAAAUUGGAUGGGAGAUUAAAAUCCAGUAUAUCCUCUUGAUUUGUUCUUAGCAAGUUGCCAUCACAGAAUUGUGUGAUGCAGCAGUUAAGCAUUCUCCUCACCUUGACAGAGAAUCUCAUCACGCUCUUUCUGGUGGUAGAUAUCUUUCCUAAGUCUUUCAAAAUUCACACUUAAUUUCACUUAAAAUGGUUCAUCAUCAUGAGCAAAGAAGUGUUACCAUCUAGCUUAACUUGAUUCUUAUAGCUGGGAGGAAAUCCACUUACUGGAAAUUAUUUGGUAUUUUCUGAAACUGUUUCCAUGUUUGAGCUGCAGAGGUAGUGAAGGGCCUCGAGGGGAAGCCAUGUGAGGAACAUCUGAGGUCACUUGGUCUGUUCAGCCUGGAGGAGACUGAGGGGAGACCUCACUGCAGUCCACAGCUUCCUCAUGAGGGAGGGUAGAGGAGCAGGCACUGAUCUCUUCUCUCUGGUGACCAGUGACAGCACCCAGGGAAUGGCAUGAAAGUGUGUCAGGGACGUUUAGGCUGGGUAUUAGGAAAAUGUUCUUCACCCAGGGUGUGGCUGGGCACUGGAACAGAGUCCCCAGGGCAGUGGUCACAGCACCAAGCCUGACAGAGCUCAGUAAACUUUUGGACAAUGCUCCAGGCACAUUAUGUGACUGUUGGGGCUGUCCUUUGCAGGGCCUGGAAUGGGACUUUGCUGAUCCUUGUGGGUCUCUUCCAACUCAGCAUAUUCUAUGAUAGAUGCAUUUUCUGUAUCAAUAAUUAUUUCUGUCAGCACAAGUUGUUCACUAGCCUGGUUGCUCUCCAUGAGUGAUUAUUUUAAUUUUUAAAUUUUUGUAUCAUGUGAAAAAGGCUCCGUUGGGCAAAGUGUACAAAAUAUAGCAAGUGCAAUUUUUGGUUUGUAUUCCGUGCACCUGAAUCCAUCAGAAAACUCAUCUAAAAAUCCAUAGGGAAUAUCUAAAGCUGAGAAAGGAGCAAGCAGGCCAGAGAGACAUCUUAGAACAGUGUGUGGAUGACAGUUGCUUAGUGACUGGUGAUGUGACACGUGUGCUUCAGUCACUGGAAGGUUUUCUAAAAUUCCUCUGCCCAAGGAGGACAAUUAAGGCUCACCAACAAAUGCAUCCCAUUUUUCUCUUCGUGGUGUUUUGAUGGCAUUGGACAGCAUCAUUCAGGGUGCUUACAGCACGUACUUGUUCUUGAAAGUCAGGCCUUGAAGAAAAAGCAAAUGUACUGCCAAAUGUCAGUGUUGGUUUUUAUCUGAAAAGGCAGAAACAGGCCUGAUUAGGACAACCAGCAUGGAGUUUCAGUGGCAGAGAUCUUUGGAACCAACCAGAACUUGCUGAAAGCAGGACACCCAUAGUUAGACUGCAUUUUGAGAGCAGCUGGACAUUUAUGACUUGGGCAGUUUGAGGUGAAGUCACAGUUCUACUGGAUGAUGUAGAAAAUUGAACUGCUCAUUUUGAGAAGAGCGUGGCAUGAUAAGCAAGAGAACAGUAAACACAUUUUUAUAUCCAACCUGAACUUGGAAGGCUUAGAAUCACAGUGCAGGACUCAGCCAUAAAGUUUUAGUAUUUCAGACUGAGGUUGGUGAAAAUGACCUACUUGUGCUACAUCACAUACAAUGAACUAACAACUAAUUUAAAAAGUCAUAGUGGGAAAUGGGUACAGAACUGACAAAUGCUCACAAGACAACUCUGUUGUCUGUUUUUACUUCUGGUUGUCACACAUCCAAGUUGAGGGAGGUAGAAACUUGAGUACUGUAAUUAUUAAUAAAAGGCUGGGAUACUUCCAUGCCAUAAUUGCUUGUGGGAAAUUAUGAAAGUCCAGGGCCAAGAAAUACUUGAGCCCUGCCUUAUUUCUUCUCCUUAGGAUAUGGAGUCCUUGUAGAUACCCACAGCAUGUACUUGCGUACUGCAGGUACAACAGAAAUAGUUCAGUAUCAGUUGCAGUAUCUAACAAAAGUGUUGGAAUGAUUGUGGAGUUACUUAUUUAACAACUUCAGUAUUGCAUGAGUCAUUUUAGCCCCCUCCUCCCCCAUCAGUCUAGGCAUCAAGAAAAGUCCUGAGUUUCUGCAUUAAGUUCUCAGUAUCACCACUUUCAGUAAAGCUCAGCGAUAACAAUGCUGCAGAGUUUUGGGUUUGUUAUGGUAACACAAUUAAACCACUGAAUUAAACCCUGAGAGCCAGCAAGCCCUACAGCAUGUUCUGUUCCUUUCUUCAGCACAGAAAGCUGUCACUGAGACUCUCUGAUGGUGCCUGCCAUUUUUCAGAGUCACCAUGCAAUCCACACAGCACUGGGACUACCUGAGAUGUUUUGUCUUUCCCAUUUAACUUAAUGUGAUACCUACCACCAUGGAGGAUGACAUGGGAGAAAUAGGAUUUGUCAAGCCUUGCACUAGCAGUUUUCAACACCCCUUUGGCAGUGUGUGCGUGUGAAUGAGGGGCCAGGUCCAGACUCUCCUCAUGGCUGUGUUUCAAAGAGAUGAAAGCUGGAUGCAAACACAUUGAGGUGUUGGGUUUCAAUGAUUGAGGGCCCUGUUAUUUGUUGGUGAGAUGUAGAUCUGGCAGCCUCAGCUCUGAACAACAGGCUGCAAGCUGAUGAACGUUCUAGCACUUGCAGUCUGGAUAUUGAGUACUGUGAAAUUCUUGCUUCCAGCACUGAGAUGUUCAGCUCUGCUGCUAACCUGGAGCACUUGCAGUGCCAUUUCUUGUUGCUGUUAAGUGGGAAUCCAGCCCUUCCCUUGAGCUUCCAAACUUGUUGCCCUGUUUCUGAAGGUCCAACUUUGCCAAACUUCAACUGUAUAUAGACUGAAGCUUUUUGUCAUGGGCAUAAGGUUUAAGUCUUUUGGAAUUUCAGUCAAAGCAGUUGCAUAUUCUUUUUAACUUAGGAUGUGGUGGUCUUUUGCCUGUGUUCAAAUAUUCUCAAAGAUAUUUCUUUGAAAUCAUUUGUCACUUCAGUGUUUUGGGACAAGAACUCCAGUUUGGGUGGGGGAAAUUACCUCUUUGUAGAGGAUGUCCCCUGUGUUUUUAUUUUUACCUCUGCUUUCUAUUCUGAUUUGGCCAAAUAUAUUAAUGUUUGUAUAAAAUGGAUAGCACGUGCUCAGUAAAAGUGGUUUUGGUAUGUGUGUGUAUCUUUAUUUUAUACCAAAUAAAGUCUGCAUUGGUCUUAUCUUCA